UUGACUUCCAGCUUCUGUCUGCACCCUCUGGCUUUUUUUUCUCUCUCUGUGACCUUUCCUAUAAGGCUUUCAGUAAUAGGAUUAAGAUCUACCCUGGACCACACCUCUUCUGAAGUUACCUCUUCCAAAGGUCCUAUUUGCAAGGGUUCACACCCAUAGGGAUGGAUUAAGUUUAAAAACAAACAUGUUUGUCUGGAGUACGUAACUCCAAAUCACUGCCACAAGAAAGGGCUUUUGAAAGCUAUGUUUGGGAGCAGACAGGUGAAAAAGGAAGGAAUGAGCCCCUUCCUUGGGACUGGUGGAAUAAGGUUAGCACAGGACCAGGAAAAGAGAACUACUGACUGUUCUUUUGCCUUCGUAUUUUCUGUCCAGAAGGCUCUUCAAGCCAGAGAAGAUAAAACAGAGUAAAUUAGAAAUAGAAGGCCAAGCAAAGAUCCUAAUAAAAGACCACCUGAUGCCACAGAUGAAUUUACUUUUCAAGGGUGCAGAUGAAUUACACCUCAGUGUACUGAGAAGCUUGUAGGAAAAAUCAUUCAUCCCUGUUGAUCAUUUUUAAUAAACAAUAACAAAUGUCAAAUUGUCUCAAAGAGAGAGAAGACGUAUGUUUCUGUCUUUAAAUAGGUAAAAAAGUCUGAAGUUUCUUUAUGAUAGAGAUGAUAAAACUUAGGUUACAGGGCUUUUAUAAGGAUUAAUUUAGAUGGUUUCAUGUUAAAAACAGCUCAGUGGCCAGCACUGAAAGCAUGCAGUAAAUGUUUUUUUAGCAUUGUUUUAGUUAUUGUUGUCUUUAAUCUUCUGCAGUGGACUGUUUGAAGAGGGCACUAAAAAGAAUCAGUCUAUCCCAAGAUGAAGCAUUUAUAGACUUUCUCCCUUUAAGAGUAUUUAUGGGGAUUUGGAGUGUGUAUUAAUAAAUGAUUGCUGUAUAACAAAUUACCCCAAAAGUUAGCAGCUUAAAUCAAUAAACAUUUAUUAACUCACACAGUUACUGAGUCAGGAAUUCAGAAGCAUCUGAGCUGGGCCGUUCUAGCUCAAGGUUUCUCACUGGGGUUACAGUCCAGAUGUCAACUGGGGCUAUGCUAUCAUCUGAAGGCUUGAUCCGGGGCUGGAGGAUAGCUCAGCCACAUAGCUGUUGGCUGGAGGCCUCAGUUCCUCGGCCCGUGGACCUCUCCAUAGAGUGUCCUGAUGACCUGGCAACUAGCUACCCCCAGAGUGAGUGAUCCACGAAAGAGAGCAUGGAGGAAGUUAGAGUGUCUUUUAUGAUCUGGCCUCUGAAGUCACAUGCCACCCACAUUCUACUGGUGUGGGAAGGAACUUUACAAGGUUGUGGAUCCAAGAGGCAGAUACAUCAGGAACCAUCUUGGAGGCUGGUUACCGCAGGGAUUUAGCACCACAAAGGCUCAGAGGAGAUUCGAUGGCUAACUGCAGAUACGUGGAAGCUGUGCGGUACAGAAGAGGGAGACUUACUCUAUGUGGCUUCCGAGGACAGAAUCCAAACCAACAGGCAGAGGUUUCAAGGAGGCAGAGGUCAACUUGUUUUAAGGAACAACCUCCUAACAAUAAACUUCCCCAACUAAAAUGAGCUAGGGGUCCGCAGGCCCCUCUGUGUACAAGCUGGACAUCUCCCUCUUGGGGACACCAUAUGGUGAGUGGCUCUGGGCUGGCUAGAAAGUUAGACUUGAGCGCCUCAAAGGCCCCUUCCGACUCUGUGAUAUGUAUCCGGUGUAGGGAAGAAUUCCAUGAACAGGACCCUUCAGGGCUUCAUUUAUAUGUUUUAUUUUUGAUGGAAAAGGAUUUUUGCUGAAAUAUAAGACCUUUGUUUCUGAACCAGUAUGGCUUGGAGAAACUAUUAAGAGGUAUAAAGACCCUGGUGUUUCUGGGAUCCCCUAACAUUUCUCCUUUUAAGAACAGAGUACCGGGAAGUGGAGCGCGGCCUGGGAGCGGUGUGGGGACCGCAGGAGCUAGGGCCGAGCCGGCCGGGGCUGACCGCAGCGGCGGCAGAAUCAGUCUCAAAUGCCUGGAAAUUCCUCCUUGGAUCACUGUGUUUCAGACACAGUUUUGUGAUCAGCCGUUCAUCUUUAACAGGAAAGAAAGAUGUGGAAAGCUUCGGCGGGCCAUGCCGUGUCCAUCUCCCAGGAUGACGGGGGAGCAGAUGACUGGGAAACAGACCCUGAUUUUGUGAAUGAUGUAAGUGAAAAAGAACAAAGAUGGGGAGCCAAGACGGUGAAAGGAUCUGGGCACCAGGAGCACAUCAACAUACACAAGCUGAGAGAGAAUGUUUUUCAAGAACACCAGACUCUCAAGGAGAAGGAGCUUGAAACAGGACCCAAAGCAUCCCAUGGCUACGGAGGGAAGUUUGGCUUGGAACAGGAUAGGAUGGAUAAAUCGGCUGUUGGCCAUGAGUAUCAGUCGAAGCUUUCCAAGCAUUGCUCACAGGUUGACUCAGUCCGGGGCUUUGGAGGCAAGUUUGGAGUUCAAAUGGACAGAGUUGAUCAGUCUGCCGUGGGCUUCGAGUACCAGGGUAAAACUGAGAAACACGCCUCGCAGAAAGACUAUUCGAGUGGUUUCGGUGGCAAGUUCGGCGUGCAGGCCGACCGCGUGGACAAGAGCGCCGUGGGCUUCGACUACCAGGGCAAGACGGAGAAGCAUGAGUCUCAGAGAGAUUACUCCAAAGGUUUUGGUGGCAAAUACGGGAUUGACAAGGACAAAGUGGACAAAAGUGCCGUCGGCUUUGAGUAUCAAGGCAAAACGGAGAAGCAUGAGUCGCAGAAAGACUACGUGAAAGGGUUUGGAGGCAAGUUCGGUGUGCAGACAGACAGACAGGACAAGUGUGCCCUUGGCUGGGACCACCAGGAGAAACUGCAGCUGCACGACUCCCAAAAAGAUUACUCCAAAGGAUUUGGCGGGAAGUAUGGGGUCCAGAAGGAUCGGAUGGAUAAGAAUGCAUCCACCUUUGAAGAGAUCUCAAAGGGGUCCUCUGCCUACCAGAAGACUGUCCCUGUCGAAGCUGUGAACAGCAAAACCAGUAAUAUCCGAGCCAACUUUGAAAACCUCGCUAAGGAGAAGGAACAGGAAGACAGACGGAAGGCUGAGGUGGAGAGAGCACAGCGGAUGGCCAAGGAGAAACAGGAGCAGGAAGAGGCCAGAAGAAAACUAGAAGAGCAAGCCAGAGCCAAAAAGCAGAGCCCGCCUGCAUCCCCACCUCCCCAGCUGGCUGAAGAGAAGCGGCCAUCAAGCCCCGUCUAUGAGGACGCAGCUUCCUUCACGGCAGAGCCGAGCUACGAAGGCCCCAGCGGCUCUGGGAGCGCCCCGGAGCCCACCUGCAGCGCGGAGGCCACGGGCUACCGAGAGGCUGGCGGGCAGGGCCUGGCCUACGCCCCAGAGGCCGUCUACGAAACCACAGACACCCCGGCCCACUACCCGGCAGAGGAAAACACCUACGACGAGUAUGAGAAUGACCUUGGAAUCACAGCCCUGGCCCUCUAUGACUAUCAGGCCGCGGGUGAUGAUGAGAUCUCGUUCGACCCCGACGACAUCAUCACCAACAUUGAGAUGAUCGAUGACGGCUGGUGGCGUGGCGUGUGCAGGGGCCGCUACGGGCUCUUCCCCGCCAACUACGUGGAGCUGCGCCAGUAGGCCGUCGCCGCUGCCUUACACCCAGCCUGCCCCCAGUCCCAACACUACAGAUCAUGCCUUUUUUUUUUUUUUUUUGAGGGUGGGAGGGGACUAUACAUACUGCCUUUAUAUUCAAUACUUUCGCUGAUGCUUUUGAAAAUGUUUACGCCACAGAAUUUGCUAAUAUAUUGUAAUCAUGUUCCUUAGAAGGACUUUGGUAAUUGUUUUUAUGCAUUUAAGGUAUUUUUUUUUUUGCCAAAUUGACUGUCUUGUUAAGCCAUUUCAGGGAUCUUUAGUUCUGCUGAGUCAAGAGUGCCUGUUGGCGUUGUACGCGGGCCACAGGCAGUCGGGGUCUCCGGGGACAGACGUGAGUGAACUUCCGUCACGUGUCCCUGCUGAGAAGGGCUGAGCGGGGCUUGGCGAGGGCAUCUCCGUGUCGCAGUGUUGGAAAGCCUAAGAGGGAGAGGGUCCGCUAGCAGGUUAGACUCGAGGGAAAUAGCUGGGAAGUACAGUGGCCUUAGGGUCUGGAGGAAGCCUUUCCACAGCGUGACACCCCACCAUGUGCGAUGAGUUUGGGGUCACCGCCUCCUCCCCUCGGCCAGCGCCUCAGUGUUUCCCUGGUGCCUCCCUUCUCGGCAGGUCCUCACUGCACACCCGCCACGCCCCAGUGGCCCCGAGGGUGCUGAGCCUCCCAUGCCCCCCAGAGAGAGGAGUGUCCCUUGCGUUCCUUAAAUCCCACCUCCCCCCACUUUACUCCAGCUCUGAACUGCAGUUAAGGGCACUGGGGUUUCACUGACGAGGGUGAAGGUAGUGUUGGGGUCAUCUGGCCUGCCCAGGCCUGAUGUCUCAGCCAUCGUGUCUGUGCGUCCAUCAUGUUGGGACAGUGGCUGCUGAGCUGCAGGGAGGUGCUUGCCUUUUCUCCUGUAAACUGCCGGAAACAUUCUUCCUGUCAAGGGAGUCAUGCCGUUUUUGGCAAAAUAUCAAGUUAAGUUACAGUAAAACACAGUCGAUUGACUUGGCUAAAAUUGUGAAACAAGGUAUGUUAGCGUUCCUAUCAAAGUCACUCGCCAUGGCAGCUCAUCCUGGCUGCGCCUGACGCCCCGGCCUCGCCGAGCCGCUCGCUGGCUGAUGGGGAGAAGUCUGGAGCUGGACCAGCAGCUGGGCACACAGUCUUCCCAGCAGUCAUGCAGCACCAUCUCGGCUGCCUGGGACAACCAGGGAUGUGACAGACCCCUUUCCUCUCCUGAAAUGCGUUUCUGCAUCUUUUGCUUUACCAGAGUUAGGUUGGUUUUUAUAUACAAUUUAUUGAAUCUAAAUUUCUGUAGCACAUCUCAUAGGUAUGAUUUUUUUAAUUAAACAUUCAAAAUAAA